CUUGACUUGGCCUUUUACCGAGCCUCCAACCCACAGAUGAACGGAGUAGAGUGGCUCGGGGAGUGUUGACCCAGCAAUGGGGACCUUGGAAGAGACCUGUCGCCUAUUUGUCAAAAAAAUUAGACCCAGUAAGUAGCGGAUGGCCUGCCUGUUUGAGAGUAGUGGCGGCCGUGGCCCUCCUAGUUAAAGAUUCUGACAAACUGACACUGGGACAGAAACUUACUGUGGUUGCUCCGCAUGCGUUGGAGAGUGUAAUUCGGCAGCCACCCAAGAGAUAGAUGUCGAAUGCCAGAAUGACUCACUACCAAACCUUACUCCUGAAUCGUAAUCGUGUAGAGUUUGCCCCCCCUGCCAUUCUAAACCUGGCCACUCUGCUCCCCAAUUCGGGGAAAGAAGUGCUUCAUACCUGCCAGGAAAUCCUGGCUGAGGAGACAGGCACCCGCCAGGACUUGCAAGAUCAGCCCUUAGGAGGACCGGGACUCCUGACUUGGUAUACGGACGGGAGCAGUUACAUCAUAGAUAGUAAGAGAAUGGCUGGAGCUGCAGUAGUAGAUGAUGACCGGAUUAUAUGGGCCAGUGGACUCCCAAUGGGCACCUCUGCACAGCAAGCAGAACUCAUCGCCCUGACUCAGGCCCUAAAGAUGGCAGAAAGUAAGAGACUUAACGUCUACACUGACAGCAGAUACGCCUUUGCCACUGCUCAUAUACAUGGGGCUAUUUAUAGACAGAGAAGGCUGUUAACUUCUGCCAGAAAAGAUGUUAAAAACAAACAAGAGAUUUUAGAUUUGCUAGAAGCCAUCCAUAAGCCUAAGGAAGUAGCAAUAAUACAUUGCCCUGGACAUCAGAAAGAUGACUCUCCAAUAGCUCGAAGAAACCGGAGGGCAGACCAAGCCGCAAAGCAAGCGGCUCAGGGAAUGAACAUUUUGCCCCUCCAAGUGUGCCCAGAAGCCACCCACAUUAAGAGCUUCCAGUAUACAACUGAAGAUCUCGUUUGUAUAAACAAAUUAAAGUUCAAAAAUUUCUCGCCCCAAGAGAUAUACAAGUCUGAAGAAGAGAAAGUUGUCCUGCCCCAGAGAGAGGUUCUGAGCCUUGGAAGCUGUGCAGAAAGAGGUGUGGGCCUCCAUCAAAGAAGCCUAUCGGCCAGAGGACCUCUCAGUGCCUCACCAGUUCCAGGUGAGAGACCCCAUCUACGUGAGAAAGCACCGGACAGGAAACCUCGAGCCACGGUAGAAAGGACCUUUCAUCGUCCUCCUGACUACUCCCACAGCUGUGAAAAUAGAUGGCAUCUCUUCCUAGAUACAUGCUUCACAUCUAAAGAAGGCACCCCCGUCGGACUCGGACUGGCAAGUAACUCGGACUGA